AUGACGGCAUCCGCCUCUUCAAAGCCCACGUCGGCGCCCGCUGCCGCCACCAAAAAGCAGCAACGAACACCGCAGCCGAUCCGUCCAUCGCAGGGCCCACUCAAGUCAACAUGGCACACACCAGAGAACAAGUCAUCCUGGGGUCUGUACCACUGGCUCAUUCACCUUAUCGGUGUGGAUCCCAUCCCGCAGAAUUCGACUGCGCCUAUGCACGAGAAGGACGACCCGGUCCCCGUGUGGAACAAUGCACAGCUUCACCUGUGGAUCGCUAUGCGUGUCGUCCCAGCGCUCGCAAUCCAGUACGCCUACACACUGUGGGCCGGACGAAACUUUCACCCUAUCGCCAACAUCUUCUACUGGGGUAUCUUCGUCAGUCUCUUUGGCUCCAAUCUGCUGAACGUGCUCCGCUCGACCGCCUCCAAGGUCGGCUACCUGCAACCUCAAGCCUCGCGUGACGGAAUUCCGGACGUCAAGGUGACGGAGGUGCUCAACUCUUUGCUCAUGACUGCCUUCUUCCGACCGGCAGCCGCUACGCUGGUGAUCUACAACCGUGACACACCCAUGACGCUUUCGCCGUGGCUGCCUCUGAUGGUGCCCGCCUUCUCGUUGGCGGUUGAUUUCUGGUUCUACUGGUACCACCGCAUCAUGCACGAGUCGGACGCACUCUGGAAGUUCCACCGCACCCACCACACCGCCAAGCACCCCACGCCCAUCCUCACGCUUUAUGCCGACAUGGAGCAGGAGUGGUUCGACGUUGUCUUCAUUCCGCUCCUUGCCUACUUCACUCUGCGACCUUUGGUCGAGAUGAGCUACUUUGACUGGAUGGUCUGCUGGACCCAUGUCAUGUUCAUCGAGCUCAUCGGUCACUCGGGUCUGCGCAUCUCCGGAACCUCGCCCGCCUUCGAUCUGAUCCCGAUGAAGAGGUUCGACGUCGACCUCGUGAUCGAGGAUCACGACAACCACCACUCGCGCGGCUGGAAGAAGUCUGGCAACUACGGAAAGCAGACUCGCGUUUGGGACCGCCUCUUCGGUACCGUUUUGCCUCGUGUCGAGACACCUGACCAUCUUAUCGACCAUUCCGACAAGGUCUGCCUGCCUCAGUUCUAA